GACAUUGACGAUCCUUCACAUUCCAACAGCUUACACAGCACGGACAAAUACCAAGGAUCCUUCUGCCUACCUACACCCUCCCUUUACGGUAGCCAAGACCACCAAGAAUCAACCAUCAGUUUCUCGUUGACGAGAGACAUAUCACAAUCCUUUUUUGAAACUUCAACCACCAUCAACAUGAAGUCGACCACUGUUAUCAUCAGCCUUUUGGCUUCAGUUGCUCUUGCCCAGCCUCGCCACGGCCAUUACCACCAAAAGAAGGACCAUGGUCACUACAACAAGCGUGCUCUUGUCACGGAGUGGGUGACUGAAACCGUCUAUGAGACCGUCACCAAGGUCAUUGACGCGACCACCACCCAGGUGAUCGUUCCUCCAAAGGCCACUUCAACCCUCAUCACCUCCGUCUCGCAGGCCCACUCCAGCGCUGCGCCCGUGGUUCCCGUGGUUCCCGCCUCUUCUCCCAAGGUUGAGGCUCCUCCUCCUGCUCCUGAGACCACCAGCUCUAGCCAGGCCGCUCCUCCGGUUCAGACAGUCGCUCCUGCCCCUCCUCCUCCUCCUCCUCCCGUGGAGAGCUCGUCUGCCCCGGCCCCUGUUGUUCAGCCCGCCGCCGCCACCGUUGCCUCUCCGCCGGCCGUUGAGACUGCCAAGACGGAGUCUAUUUCCAGCACUAGCAGCUCUCACAGUGGCGACCUCACCUACUACGAUGUCGGCUUGGGUGCCUGCGGUUUCGACGAUAACGGCUUGGACAUGUCCGACAACAUUGUGGCCCUUUCCCACGAGAUGAUGGGUACCCAGUCCAACGGCAACCCCUACUGCAACAGGAAGGUUAUCAUCAAGGCCAACGGCAAGACCGUUACCGCUACUGUCCGCGACAAGUGCAUGGGAUGCGCCUUCAACGACAUUGAUGUUUCCAAGAAGGCCUUCCUCGACGUCUUUGGCGCCCUUACCGACGGUCGCAAGAAUGUCGAGUGGGCUUUCUCCGACUAAAGAAUUGGUCACACCAUUCAAUGCCUUCACAGCAAGGCAUUCUCAUUUUCGCUUCUCACACAGGCGCGUAAACUCGUUUACCGCGCAUUGAAAAAAUUGGUUCACGCGGAUCUUCUCCAGCGUCUCUUUUGGACAAAGGACGGACCGACUCGCAGGGCGAUGAUGACUUUUAUGACCCUUUCUUCCCAACCCCUUUGUCAUGCUUUCUUCUCUUCAAUGUCAAUUCUUUCUUUGGCAACGGAACAUAAGAACAACACACAAAGGGGGA